AUGAACAACACCAAAUACUCCAAGGUGGAGCAGGAGUCGAGCGACUCAUUGAAGCUAGGAAGCCAAGAUGAGGCCUUCUCUGACAGUGAGAGCGGUCGGCCCUUGAGCCAGCAGCCGCGAAGUGUCGCGACUAGACUCUCCCAGGUAGCGAAGCGCACCUGGUGGCUUGUUGGUCCUUUCCUCUGGCUUCUCUCCCUCCUCUUCACCUGGAUGAUCGCAUCGGCUGCCUCAAAGUCGCCCUACGAUGUGUCGGUUGGGCUAGACACAGAACUAGAACCUAUCAAGCCACACAUCGAAAUGUACACAACAACCUUCUCCAGUGAUUUGGACUGGGACGAGAACGGGAAACUCCAGCGAGUCUCUCGGCCCGGGUCGAAACAGUUCGUGGGUGAUCCAAGUCCUGAAAUCGACGCAAAUUGGGAGCACAUCACAAACGGUGUUGUCGUGGACCUCAAAGGUAAAGCCGCAGAGACGGUCAUAGGCAAGACGUACCAAAAGCCAGAUGGGUCGUGGUACGUGGGCAUUGAGGCUUUCCAUCAAUUACAUUGUCUCAACAUGGUCCGCAAAGCGCUGCAUGUCGAUUACUACGGCAUCAAUGAGGAGGAUCCGCAUCCCCACAAGAUGCACAUCGAACACUGCAUCGACGCGCUACGUGAGGCACUCAUGUGCAGAGCGGAACUGGCCUUCAUCCCUAUGGAGUUCAACGCUAGGUAUCGCUCGGGGAGGCCCGCCUUUGUCGCCAGGAAACACACGUGUAGGAAUUACGAAAAGAUCCUGGACUGGGCUCACCAAUACCCGAGCAAUGAAACGCUCUUUGUUCUAUCCGAUGGAACUGCAGGCGACGGGAACAUACAUUUUGAUGGAGACAUUGGCCAUGGAUUUAGGGGCGGUAGUAAAACCACCCAUGCUGAUUGA